UGGCGGACAAACGAUGGCGACUUUAGUAACAGCUUUCCUGCGCUCUUGCAGUCAGCAGACUAGAUAUUUAAGGACUUCUUAUAGGAGAUGUAAUCUAGUGUUUACAGAAAUCAACAGGUUUUACUUUAGAAAAUGUUCUUCAGGAGUAACUAARAAACCAAAGUCAGGCACCUCUGACCUUAAACUGGAUCAUAAGAAUGCUAUUGAGACUAGUAUACAAUCAAGAAAAGCUGCAAGAAGAAAUGAGGGAAAUGACUGCAAAAGUGAUAAAAUAAAAAGGGGGAAAAAAGAUUCAUCUGGGAACAAUGACAGAGAAAAAUCUAAGAAACCAAAAAAGAUUAGUAAAGACUUGACAAAAAAAGAAAAUAUCUUACUGAAGAACAAGAAAAAACUAUCAUCCUCUGCUGCAGAGAUGAAACAAAAAGAUGGAAAAAUAAAAACAUUAAAUGGUUUUAAGCAAGAUAAUGACAUAUUGGAUGCAGAACAAUACACUGAUCAAGAAGUUAAAGAUAUGUUCAUCUCCAGUAACAAUGCUACUAUCACUACAACAAUGGACAGUAGAUAUUCUGAUAUGGAAGAUGUGGAUUCAAAUGAUAUUUCUGGAGCCUCACAGGAAGUAUCUUCAGAUAAGGAGUUUGCAGCAGGGAGGGUUGGCAUGAAGUAUAGAGAAGGAACUGUUGGAGCAAGGCUCUAUGAAGUCAGUACACUUGCUGAAAUAAAUGGCUUUCUUAGUUUAGGACAGGUGCACCAAGCUCAAAAACUGUUCAAUAGAUACUUAAGAAUUGGUAAACAUCUUGGAAUUGAUUGUUUCAAUAAGAUGCUCCAUGGAUGGGCUGAGCAAGGAAAUCUGAUGAGUGUGAAGAUGACGUUCAAACUUAUCCAAAGUGAAGGAUUGAAGCCUGAUAUAUCCACAUAUGCUGCUUUAUUGCACGGUUAUGGCAAGUUUAAUGAUACUGAAAAAAUAGAAGAAAUAGUCAAGGAAAUGGAAGAAAAGGAAUUUCUUCCAGAACACAUUUUUUACAAAUGCUCAUUGACUGAAAACCAAGCAAAGGGAGUUAUGCAUGCAUUAAAACUAGUGAAUCCUAAUUAUCAGGCUACCAUUCCUCCUGAGUACAGCAAAACUCACUACCCCUCCUUAGUAAAACAACUUUAUGACAACAUGGCAAAAGGGAUAGAUGAAAAAGUGGCUCCAUUUGUGGGAGAGUUUGAGAAAGAAUUUAUAGAACAAGAACUCAAAGAGUUGUUGGAAGAGCAGCUUGCAAGAGAGCUGCGUGGAGUAACAGUCAUCAAGUCUAUUGAAAAAGUACAAGAACAUGACAAGGAGACAAGAAAGUUAAAGGGAAUGUAUGAAGAAUGGAGACAGAAAUGGAAGAAAGCAUUAAUGGAAUUAAUUGAAGUAGAACUUCAAGAGAUUAAGGAUGGCAAAUUUAAGUCUUUAAGACCAAGAUAUGCACCUUUUUUCCAAGACUUUGAUGCAGAAGAACUAGCAGAGCUUACAUUGGAUCAGGUCAUAUUCUACAUCAAAGGACAAAUUGAGGGAGUACCACUACAUAGUCUUAGUGGGGCUGUUGGAUCAGCAUUAAAUGCAAAGUAUAUUGUCAAGCAGCGAGAAAAGGCUGGCGUAUUAAAGAAAAUUCAGAAUAUCUACUCAGAUUACUUCAAGUACAUAAUGGAUGAGCAUUAUAGCUCACAAAAGAUGGCAAGAGAUCGCUGGGAUGAGCUAGACUUGGAUAGGCCGUAUGAAGCCUGCUUACGCCAGGAAAUCUCAGACUGGCCCUGGGCUACAAAACUUCUGUGUGGAUGUACUCUGAUAGACUUCCUUCUCCAAUCAGUCACCAUCAACGUUAAUUUAUUUAACAACAAACCAGAGUCUUUACUCUCUGCUUUUUAUCAUACUUAUGAGUUCAGAGAAAGACGGAAAAUUGGCGUGAUAAAACCACAUCAGGUGGUUUGUAAGUUAUUUAAGGGUUAUCUAGCUGACCAUGGAAGUAUUGUCAUGCCAACCACAUCUGUACCAAUGUUAGUUCCACCAAGACCUUGGAGGGAUGUCAGAGAUGGUGCUUUCCUUAUACAACCCGUUCAAUUCAUGCGUACUAACCAGGAAGAUGAUGGUAAACAAGAUCGUUUAUUAGAGGAAAAGUGUGAUAGGAAGCAGCUAUGUGCGGUAUUUGAUGCAUUAAACUACCUUGGUGCAUGUGCAUGGAGAACCAAUGAUCGCAUUCUAGAUUUGGCUAUCCAUGUGUUCAAUGAUGGUGGUAAUGAUGAUCUUGCUGUCCCAGGACUUGUUAUUCAACUAGACACAGUAGAGUCACAUGACAGAACAACACUUUCACCAGAAGAACAAAUGAAACUCUUGCAAGAACGUCGAAGGGCACGCAAGCUGGCCCGCGAGCAAUACAGUCUUCGGAUGUCAUCACUAUACAAGCUGUCAGUUGCUCAUCACUUCAGGAAUCACAUGUUUUGGUUACCUCUUAAUAUGGAUUUCCGUGGUCGAGUCUAUCCCAUUCCUCCUCACUGUUGUCAUGUGGGGGAUGAUCUUAAUCGUGGUAUGCUACAGUUUGCUAAAGGAGUACCUCUGGGUAAAGACGGGUUACACUGGCUGAAGAUUCACCUAACUAAUUUGCAUGGUGCAAAAAAGAAGGCUUCGCUGGCCGAGCGUGCACAGUACAGUGAUGAUAUGAUGGACGAAAUAUUAGACUCUGCCGAUAACCCUCUGAGUGGUCGCCGAUGGUGGAUGUCUGCUGAUGAACCCUGGCAAACCUUAGCAACAUGUAUAGAGAUAGCCAAUGCUGUUCGUUCUCCGGAUCAUACCAAAUACAUAUCCCAUCACCCUGUGCACCAAGAUGGGUCUUGUAAUGGGCUGCAGCAUUAUGCUGCUUUAGGUCAUGACCAAUAUGGUGCCAAACAAGUUAAUUUAGUGCCUUCCGAUCGACCCCAAGAUGUGUAUGAAGAAGUAGCCAAAUUAGUAGAAGUGGCAAGACUCGACGAUGCUAAAAAAGGUCACAAGAUAGCCCUGCAACUUGAUGGUAAAGUUAAUCGUAAGGUCAUCAAACAAACUGUCAUGACCAUUGUGUACGGAGUUACUUUCGUUGGUGGUCGACUACAGAUUGAACGCCAAUUAAAAGACCUUGACCUUGAUGAGCGAUUACUGUUUGAAUCAUCCGCAUAUCUUGUUGGCAAAGUUUUUGCGAGUAUUGGGCAGUUAUUUACGAGAGCGAAAGCCAUACAGGAUUGGCUCGCCCUAGCUGCCACUCACGUAGCAUAUACAGGUCACAUGGUUGAUUGGUAUACGCCCCUGUCCUUGUAUGUCUGUCAGCCAUAUUGUAAGCGCACAGUCAAAGUCAUCCGGACCAAGCUUCAAGGGAUCGAGAUACCUGCCAAAGGAUUCGCUACGUCACCACCUGACUCAAGAAAGCAACGAGGAGCUUUUCCUCCUAACUUUGUUCAUUCUCUUGACUCCACGCACAUGAUGCUGAGUGCUCUAUACUCCCAAAGAGCAGGCAUAACUUUUACAUCAGUACAUGACAGUUUCUGGACUCAUGCUGCAAGUAUCGAUGUUAUGAACAAGAUUUGUCGAGACCAAUUUGUGGCUUUACAUUCCCAACCAAUCCUUGAGGAUUUACAAAAGCACUUUGRACGUAAUUAUGGCGGACUGGUUUUUUCACGUCCUUUAAAACUAAAAAGAGAUGAAUAUCAGCCUGUGAAACAAGCUUCUUUUGAUGGUCUACCUGAGAUAGGUAAGCGGGACAGUAUUUUUUUUCCUACUGAGGGAGGUCAUUGCCAGGGUUUCGGCUUUACGUCCUCAGUGGUUUAUUUACGUCACUCUGAUGCAAGUUUAUAUAUUGUGGAGAGACCGGACCGCCAUUUUACGUGGCCAUCCGAGCUACGUGAAGGUCUAACCAUUUGCAGUUCGAACCCAGAUCUCCCAAAGGAAGUCCGCUGUUCAACCAAGUGAGCCAACUGGGUGACGUUUAGUGUGAUCCCCCUCUUAUGCAUCUUGUGAUUGCACCAUCAUGAUCCCAAUCUUUUCAUUGACAAUACACGUUAUAAGCAUUGCAAUCUGCACGCAAGAAAGUUAAGCGCAAAACUAUCGAUAAAUGUUAUCUUUGUUUUCCCCGCUAGUCCUGUCUAUGUGAAUGCGUGCAAUGUUUCCAUUGCGGUCAUAAUUAAUUAUUAGAAUAUUGAUUUAUUUUCAGGUGACUUCGACGUUAAACAGGUUCUAGAUUCUGUGUAUUUCUUCAGCUGAAACCCUUAUCGCUUUAAUAUAUCAAACACUAAAUGUAUCCAAUCUUAAUUCAGAAACAUUCCUAGUAAUUCUUAAAUCUACUCUCUUUUUUUGGAUUGAUUUUCAUCUGGAAAGACAAAACGAGGCAUUUGCAAUAAUUUUUCUAGUUUGUUGUUGGUAGGGAAAGGCAACUAUACUCAGUGACCAGACUUUUAGGAAGUGAUAGUGUCAUUUCUUCCGGCAACACUUGGUAUAGUUUCGUUAAAGUCCAAAGGCUGUCCAGUCGAGCUUAGAGGCAUUUCAGUAGACUGCAGUGAUUCUUGGUAGGACUUGGCGGGUUCUUCGACAAUCUUUUGCUGCGAGUCUAUGGAACUUACAAAUGUUGUUGGAUUCAGUUCAGAAGCCUUGUUUUGCUCUUUAUUGGAUUCGGAUUUUUUGUCUGUAGACUUGGAGUUCUGUGGUAUUGUUGUGGAUGGUGUUGUAGUUUGUGGUGCUGUAGUUUGUGGUGUUGUUGUUUGUGGUGGUGUUGUUUGUGGUGGUGUUGUUUGUGGUGUUGUUGUUUGUUUUGUCGUAGUUGGUGGUUUAGUUCUUGGAGGUAAUAUUGUUGGACAAUAUUCUGUAUUACAAGCACGUGUUUCUUCAUUUGGCCCAAGAUCUGUGCAGUUCUUUCCAUCAAGGUCUGGUGUAGGAUUGGUACAUUCACGAGUACGUGUCUUUAUACCUCCUCCACAUGUCACCGAACACUCACCAAACGCGCUCCACUCUGAGUAUCCACCAUUGACUGAAAUAAUGUUUCAAUCGUCGAUUAGGAAUGAGCUACAGAGAAUCAGUUUAACCCUUAAAAAAAGAAUUUCGUGCUAGAUAUCAUCAUCCUACCUGGACAUUUCCGCUCGUUACAUUUCUCUGCUUCUGUAUCGUCCCCAAGCUCCAUUUCUUUGCAUGUUUUUCCUCCAUAUUUUGGUAAAGGAUGAUUACAGUGUCGUCGCCUUUGUUUGUAUCCAUCACCACAUGUCACUGAACAUGGUCCAAAAGAUAACCAGCUUCCAUAACCUCCAUUUACUGUCAGCGUGGAACAGAAAGAUAUGCUAUUAUAAUUCACCACUAUGUUGCUGAACACACUCAUGUAAAACUGGUAUUGUUAGUUUCCUUUUGAUAUGACCUAAUCCAGAUACUGGCCACUCCUCCUGACCGCUCUGCUCUUUGGGCUGCCUGGUCUAGCGGCAACUCGUGCGCUUUGUAAAUUACCUAAAACUUGGGGAAAUUUUUGAGCAUGCGCAGGCAAAUACUGCUGGACACUACUCAGCGGAGCGGCAAACUGAGAAGGAGUCAGUGUCUGGACUAUGUAGAACCAUAGAAUAAGGAGGUACGUACCUGGACACGGGUUUCUGUUGCAUUUGAACACUUGGAUGGGUUUUCCUAAUGAGGAACAGUUACGUCCUCCUAGUCUUGGAUAGGGAUUGGAACAUUCUCGUCUCCGUAAUCGUAUCCCACCCCCACAAGUGCGUGAACACUCAUUGAAGCCAGACCACUCGGAGUAUCCACCAUCCACUAAAGUAAAGAAAUACAUACAACCGUAAUAUAUUAAGGAUUAUAGACUGACAUCAAUAUAUUUCGAUUUUUUACACCAAAUAUAAAACAAAACUAUUUUGAGACCGAAUGUUUCCAUGGUUACCAGAGUUAACGAGGUAAAAUCCCACUAAUCAAUUUUAAAAUUACCAAACAACAUGUAGCCGCUUGUUAUCUUUUCAAAGCUAUUUUUAGGCCAAUCAUAUUUAACCAGUUUUACAAUGUAUCUUGAUAAUUAAAAUGUGGAUCAGUUCGUUAGAUAGCUGUGAGGACGACUUCACCUUGCAUGGGUAAUGGUAGCAUAUACGUUGAGGACUUAUUGGUAAACCCUCCUAUUUACUAAUAGCACGACUGCUGUCCCGCAUUAUGUUACUAUAUAUACAUGAAGAAACUAAAGUAUUUUCCAUACAGGUACAUAAUAUGUGAGUAAUUUAGAUAUCGGUCUAGAUCUGCAGCGAUGAUAUUACCCUUCUGGGUAAAAUUAAAGUAUAUUGACUGAUUACUAUGUCUAUCUCAAUAUAUACGUUUUAGAAACGUACACUUGCAUAUUGAGACUAGAUGGUUAUUUAACAUCAAGCGGAGUUCUUGAGAUAUGGUUAUCGCGGUAUCCAAGAUUUUCCUUCGUAAAGAAUCUAAGGAACAUUGUCUUGUUUCAUUUUACCUGAAAGUGGUAAUCUACUAAAGAAAGAAAGAAGACUUACCUCGUAAAAGAUAUCUUGCUACAUGAUUGGCGACAAAUACACAGGCACUGAUCAAUAACGAAAAAGUAAAGAUCUGUAAAACAGAUAUUCUUGGCAUUUGAAAACCUAAUGUAUCUAUAAGGCGUUCUUCGGUUGUCUUUCGGCGUGCGGUUGAACACGGUGUAAAAGGUGAGGAUCAGACGUGGAUGCGUGUAAAUCAACGCUAUCAGAUUAAUAAGCCCAAGAUAAUGCAUAACUUCCAGUUCAAGUAGUUACUAACGACACCAAACCAUGGCAACCAAAGACUCUGCGCAAGAAUUACUUUCUCGUUAAACGAACAAGUCUUUCGUGUAUAUUGUUUGGACAAGAAAUAAAGAUAAGGACACCCCUA